AUGUACUCUUUGCGUUCAAUUGCUAAGACUGCCUCUUCUACCACCAGACUGAACACUUUAAACUUUGCCAGAAUGAGCUCCACUUUGACUACCGUAUGUAUUGGAUUCUUGAAAGCUCGGUCUGACUGA